AUGGACAGAUGCCCACUUAAAAUUUUAGGAGGACAAGAAAUAAAUAUAACAGAAGCCCCUUACCAAGUUGCAAUACGGAAACAUAUUUUAUAUGGCUUAAUUUGGUCAGCAUUCUGUGGUGGUUCUCUUAUAACAAUGACGUAUGUGGUUACUGCAGCACAUUGCUUUGUUGAUCCUAAAGGACACUUUAAAAAACUUUCUAUACGAAGGGUAGUUGCCGGUACUAUGAAGACGACGACCACGAUGCUUCAAUCAACGAAAGGCGAACAAUGGCGCAAAAUCAAAAAUGUUUACAAACACAAGUUCUAUGAUUCGAAAUUAUUCGAACACGACUUUGCUAUUGUAGAGGUUGUUAGUCCUUUUGUGAUAACAGACACGGUGAAGCCAAUUCGAUUGUAUGAUUUGAAAAGAGAUAAAAAGAUCGAGAAAGGUUUACAAUGCUCUGUAACCGGAUUUGGUCUCAAGGAAAAUUCAAAAGCCUCUCCCAGACUGAAUGCGGUGUGCGUACCAAUUGUCUCUAUGGAUGCAUGUAAAAUAUUUUACUAUGAAGAAUAUUUGCAUCCAUCUAGUCUUUGUGCUGGUUCGUCUGGGAAAGAUAGUUGUCAGGGUGAUUCAGGUGGACCAUUGGUGUGUUAUGGUGUUCUAGUGGGUGUAGUAGCAUGGGGUGGAGUGUGUGGUGAGCAACCAGGAGUUUACACUAAAAUAUCGGCAUACACCGGCGAUAAAGAAGUGCCUUUUAUGAAAAACAACGCAAUGAGAACUAAAAGCUGCUUCGGAAUUUUGAUGACCUCUUUUUUUAUUGAUAUUUAA